AUGAGCAUGCUCCUCCUCGCCGGCACGGCCCUCGCCGCCCCCGCAGCCAAGUCAGUCGCCGAACGAGCAAACGACAGCAUCGACAACGUUCUCCCUCCCAUCGUCCCCAUCAACACCCGCUCCGGCGACAGGGACCUCAUCGCAAAGCUCAUCACUGCCCCCACCCAGGUCGAGCGUGCCAAGCUCCUUGACCAGCCUGGCGACUACGUCUUUGACUUUGAGGCCGCUACCGGAUCUGGAGAGUCCAAGGGAAAGGGUGGCCGUUCCACCUCUGCUACUGCUCUCACUAUGCCUGCUCUUAUUGGCAACGGUGCUUCCAUGACUGUCGCUUUCCUUGGACCCUGCGGCAUGAACACCGCUCACGUCCACAACCGAGCCACCGAGCUCAACAUCAUCGUCAAGGGACGUCUCGUGACCAACUUUGUCAUCGAGAACGGUGCCAAACCUAUCCAGAACACUAUGGACACCUGGCAAAUGUCCGUCUUCCCCAAGGGAGCCAUCCACCAAGAGUUCAACCCCGACUGCGAAGAUGCCGUCUUCGUCGCCGGUUUCAACGACCCCGACCCCGGUGUGAACCAGAUUGCCCAGAACUUCUUCAGCCUGAACGGCGAUGUUGUCUCGGCUACCCUCGGUGGAGUUCAGACCAUCGACGGCAAGGACAUUGAGAGCUUCCGUGAGGUGAUUCCCGCCAACAUUGCUCUCGGCAUUGAUGCUUGCCUGAACAAGUGCGGUAUCAAGAGGAACGCUAAGCGCUCCAUCUCGGAGAUUCUUGCCUAA